GAGUCGCUGGAGUCUGAUCGCAGAAUUAUCAAGGUAAUUAUGGAUGGUGUAAGGAGAAGGAACAUUCAGCUUUUCUUGUCAAAGCAAUCUCAAAUUAUCAACCCUGUUCAAUUGAAUGACUUGCUUAAAGCGCUCGAGAGAUUCGGAGUCAAGUUGCCUGCUCUUCCUUGGCGGUCACUGGGUGAAAGGCUAGGGCUGGAGAAAGGUACACUAGAUGACAUCGAGUCGUACUUUACUGCUCUGAAGACCGUUAUGGAUAUGAUGGAUCAAAGGGUGUGCGAGGAUGAGUACAUAGAUUGCUUGAGAGAAUGCUUGUUUGUCUGGUUGGACCGUAAUGAUGAUCGAGCCACGCUCAGCUUCCUCAUAUCUGCACUUUAUAGUUUGACUGAAGAGACUUCUGAAGACAGUGUGGGGAUUUUGCUUGCUGUCGAAUCAAUGAUAGGUACAUAA